AUGGUAGUAGAAGAACAAAGCCUUGAAAACGGCGGAUCCGUCCGUGUGGUUAAAGGAGAAAGCCAUUUCCGUAAUGUCUUGUGGGGUCCAGUGCGAUGGCUUAAGAUGUUGUCUUCAGAGCUUCACUGGAGCUUUGUGUUCGGUGUGGUCUCACUGUACGGAAUAAACCAAGGGCUUGGUGGCUCAAUGGGUCGUGUAGCUACUGAGUAUUACAUGAAAGAUGUUCAAAAGGUUCAGCCUUCAGAAUCUCAAGCUCUCACUGCAAUCACCAAGAUUCCAUGGAUCAUUAAACCUCUUUGGGGGAUUCUCACUGAUGUUCUUCCCAUCUUUGGUUUCCAUAGACGUCCUUACUUCAUUUUAGCCGGGGUGCUUGGAGUGGUUUCUUUGAUGUUCAUAUCGAUUCAUAGUAAUCUACACCUUUACUUGGCAUUGUUGUGGAUGACUAUAUCAAGUGCUGCAAUGGCUAUAGCAGAUGUAACUAUUGAUGCUUGUACCGCUUAUAAUAGCAUAAAACACCCUUCUCUUGCAUCGGAUAUGCAGAGCUUAUGCAGUUUAAGCUCAUCCAUUGGAGCACUUCUUGGUUUCUUCAUGAGUGGCAUCUUAGUUCAUCUUGUUGGCUCUAAGGGAGUCUUUGGCUUGCUGACAUUCCCAUUCGCGUUAGUAUCGGUAGUUGGGAUAGUGUUUAGUGAGUCCUAUGUUCCUGGUUUCUCUUGUAAACAGAAAUUUACAGAUGCAGGGAAAGCAAUGUGGAGGACACUGAAAUGCUCCGAUGUGUGGCGACCGAGUCUGUAUAUGUACAUUUCCCUUGCUCUUAGUUUGAACAUUCAUGAAGGUCUAUUCUAUUGGUUCACAGAUUCAAAAGAUGGCCCUUUGUUUGCUCAGGAAACGGUUGGUUUCAUUCUCUCAAUUGGUUCAGUCGGGUCAAUUCUAGGAGCAACGUUGUACCAGCUAGUCCUAAAGGAUCAUCCGUUCCGUGGCCUUUGUUUAUGGACUCAACUUCUCUUUGCCUUAUCAGGAAUGCUUGACCUCAUUCUAGUGCUACGUCUCAACUUAAAGUUUGGCCUACCGGAUUAUCUCUUCAUAGUAGUCGAUGAGGUAGUUUCUCAGAUGAUCGGACGCCUGAAAUGGAUGCCGCUGCUAGUCCUCACUUCGAAGCUUUGUCCUCACGGAAUUGAAGGGACAUUCUUUGCGUUACUAAUGUCAAUUGACAAUGCAGGAGUCAUGACCUCGUCUUGGCUCGGAGGAGUGUUGUUGCACAUCCUCAAGGUGACUCGGACUGACUUUGGUAACCUCUGGCUUGCUGUUUUGAUCAGGAAUGUGAUGAGAGUUUCGCCGCUCUGUGUUCUGUUUCUUCUGCCUAAAGGAGACCAGAACACGUUCAAACUCCCACAUGAGAUUUUGGGGGAAGAUUCGGAAGACGAAAAAGAAGAAAAUCGGAAUUUGGAAUUGGCGUCUCUAGUUGAGUCCGUUGAUAGAAGAUAG